AGCUGGUGAACCAGAGGACUAAAUCCACACACACACACCAGAGGACGAGAUGCCUCACUGAGACGGGACCCUGUGCACACUGGGACCCUGUGUGGAGCUGAAAACAUGGAGAACAAACUGGCUAAAGCGCUGUAUGACAACAAGGCAGAGUGCGCCGACGAGCUGGCCUUCAGAAAAGGAGACAUCAUCACGGUUGUGGACCAUCGUGUGGCCGGCACCAGCGGAUGGUGGAUGUGCUCCCUGCACGGGCGGAAAGGCCUGGCCCCUGCAAAUCGACUGCAGCUCUUGCCGCAAAAGGCGACCGCCAUACACUCCUUUACUCCAGUCAUAGAAAAAUCCAAAUUUCCUGAUGGUCAAACCAGCAACACCUCACAAAACAUCUACCAGAUCCCGAGUCUGCCCCGAACCUCAGCCAGCCCAGCUUAUGAACGCAUGGACCCGAUAUAUAAAGUCCCAUCCGCUCCUUUGUCUGCUUCCAAAGCUCCCUCGGCACUCGUGCAGACCACAGAGGGACCAGAUGGUCACAAGCUUCCACUCUUCUGGAUGGGGUCCAGCCCACAAGCAGGGGUUUAUGAUGUCCCGAACCAACCCAGACGAGCUUCUCUCUUCAAUGUAUCAACAACUCCAAGACUAAUGGCUCGAAAAAAUUCGCUCAUUUCUGUUUCUGAGCGAGAGAAGAGACUUGAUACCCAGGCGUGCAUAAGUCGUAGCUGUCCAGAAGAUUCAUAUGUGUAUGCAGUCCCACCAACUGUGCCUCAAGACCCGAGCUAUGACAUCCCCAUUCCUUCAAGCACAGAAGUCCAACAGAAAAUGAUAAAGGGAUACACAACUCUACCUAUACCUUGCAAACCCGAGUGGAUCUAUGACAUUCCAGUGAGUCCUGAGAAACAAAAUCCACAUCAAAGUUCCUGUGACAGCUUGCCUUGCAUGGCUGGAAGCCAGCUCUAUGAUACUCUUCCAGUACGUGGCAGACCCAUGCAAAUACGAAGUCCAGCGUCUUCACUUUAUGACGUUCCAACAUCUCAUCCAGCUGACGUUCCUUGUCCGCCCAAAGUUCUCUCAAAAAUGGCAGUUUAUGACCAGCCCCCAACACCAAGACUGUCACAGGAAUCGAUAUGUACGGUUCCACCACAGGAGGAAUCCCAAACCUUGAAUGAACCCCCUGGUGACCAUAUGCCACUAGAAUGCAGGGGAGACUCCAAUGGUGCUCAUGAACACACAAGGGCAAGUCUGCACCGGGUGAGGAAGGCUCUGGCUUUUUCACCUUUCUAUAACCAGUCUGGAAGUGGCGACUCACCAGUGCAAGACGAAGACGAGCGAGGCCAAAUUUCGCGUCUCUCUGCAGUAGAGAAUCAGAGGAUCAGCAUGGCCUCCAGCUCCUCUACCAGCUCCUGCGACUCUCUGACUCUGAACUCCUCCUCUCCAGAGCCACUACGGGAAGUGACGCUGAGUCAGGACGAGGCCAGCCGCAGACUUCUAGACUUGCAGGUAGCUGUUUGCAGUAAUGUGUCCCGCCUAAUGGAGUUUGUCAGUAGCCGCUGGAGGAGCAAAGAACACCUGGAGAAACAUCUGGAGGAGGUCAGAAAAGCAGCAGAGGCGAUUGCAUGUUCUGUGGAAUUCUUUUUAAACUUUGCCAUGGAUGUAAAGGGCAAUGCUUGCCGUUUGACUGAUGCCAACCUGAAGGCGAGACUCUUUAAACAGCUGUCCAUUGUGGAAGACUCGGGUGUGAUCCUGCAGCAGACAGUGAGUGAUCUGAACAUUGCGGGUUGGCCUCUCCACACACUGUGUCAGGACCCAGGGCAGGUACAGACACCCGACCAACUGGAGCGCUUUGUUAUGGUUGCUCGCACUGUGCCGGAGGAUGUCAAACGCUUAGUGUCCAUCAUCAAUGCUAAUGGCAAACUUCUGUUCAGAGCUCCUCAGAAGGAGCCCGAGCUGCCCAACAGUCCAGCUCAGCCAGAAUUAAAGAAAAGUCCACAUAAGCCUGAACAAGGACAGGACUCCAUAGAAGAUGAUAAUGAUUAUGUUGAGCUACAGGCCAAGAAUGACCAUGAAAAUCAGCAAACAGAAUUACAACAGGACUCAGAUGGAAAUGUACCACCAGCCUCAAAUAACAACAUGGGUGAAAAUAAUCAGCUUUCUUCUGAGUCCACUACUGGAACGGAAGAGCAUCAUCAUCAUCAUCAUCAUCAUCAUCAUCAUCCCUCCCUCUCAGAACACUGUAGACUUUACUUUGGUGCACUCAACAAGGCCAUCGCCGGGUUCGUGGACAGCCUUCGAGAUGGCCAUCCACCAGAGAAAUUCAUCUCUCACAGUAAGCUGGUGAUCAUGGUGGGCCAGAGGCUGGUGGACACCCUGUGCAAGGAGGCUCACAACGGAGGCUCCAGCCAGAGUCUUCUGUGCAAAAGCAACCACCUGUGUGCGCUUCUCAAGCAGCUGGCUGUCGCCACCAAGAAGGCGGCGCUGCACUUCCCCGACAAACAAGCUGUGCACGAGGCUCAAGACUUUGCAAAGGAACUGGCCCAAAGAGCACAGCACUUUCGGAUUUCACUCGAGCUUUAAGAGUGCUGCACAUAUUGAACAUUGUUUGUUUGUUUCACGCCAGAUUUUUAUUUUGUCGUUAAUCGUUUUUCUUUCUUAGCUGACGUGCGCUCUGUGCGGCGCUGGCCCGUGCCAUCGAAGUGAUCAUCAGCCGUAUCAUCUUCCUCUGGUUAUUGUGCUUAACCACAAAUACUUUGAGUGGAACCAAACAUACAUACAGUCAGGUCCAUAAAUAUUUGGACAUUGAAAGCCAAUUGUGAAUACAGGCAGAUAAAACUUUCAUCCUGUCAUUAACAUGAGAGUAUUAACAUCCAAAGAGCUUUUUCUUAUAUUUGUCCUCCUCCCAUUUUUAAGGGUGGAAAGAAUUGCUCGUUUGGUUGAUUGACAGAGUUAUGGCCAUGUUGUGCCUUUAUUUAUCUUACAGUGUGUACAGUUAUUACUCGUGUUGCAUUUGGGUGGUUUAUGGAACAAAAAGCUGCAGAUAACAAGUGUGGUGGAUGUGAAAUAACAAAAAAACUCUUCACAAGCUUUUGCCAAAUCAAUAAUACCCUCCAGGAGUGUAUAUGUAUAUGGGUCACAGUGGACAGUCAAAAGAUGACUUAACCAUGUGCACACGCCAUCGAAGGUAGAGUGAGGCAGUAACCAUAUGUGGGUGUGUACAGGGAGGAAUAUGAGGCAGAUCAACGCAUCCACAAUUCAUACUGUGUGAUUUAUCAAGAUGAUUUUGCUUGCAGGUGUUUGUUGGAAUGAUUUUCAAGCUCUGAUUUAAUUUUUUUUUUUUUUUUUUGCACAAUAUUUUUGCCUUUUGUUCAUACAAAUACUUUUAGUAUGAAUUCUACGUAGUGUUUAUUAAUGAGGCCCGUGAUUGUGGUUUGAGUGUUUACUAGCUGCUCCAGCCAGCAGAAGUGGGAAAACGUUGAAUGAUUGAUCGCCCAGGUCAGUCCCAGAAAGAGUCAGACACCCGCUGGAAACAAUCUGACGUAUUAUUGGACAAAAUCACAAAGACCUGAUGGGGAUAAAAGUCAGAAUACUGAUGUUCCUUCACUUUCAGAUGGCAGGUGUAACAGUUACCUCAUCCCUCUGUAUGUAUGGGGGUGGUGUCCUGCAGCCCAUAUAUGGGUAAAGAGGUGGAGCUUAGGGGAGACCAUGCAUGAGAUGAUCAGGAUGAAUGAAAUCCAAACACUGGCACGCUAGACUAACAGACUGACAUCAUCUCGGCUGUUUAUGACAUCAUGUUUUAGGUGGACUUAGCGGCGUUUCUAAUAACAGUUUUACUUCGGUGUGGCCAUUAAAAAUUAUCACCCACUUAUUUCCUCAGUAAUUGUGGAUUGAUGACUUAACAUCAUGAAAUUAUGAGCAGCUGCUACAAAUCUGAACAUCGUCAGCAUCCAAACUUAAGCCGCGGUCACACAGCACUAACGACGGACACCGAAGCCAAAACAAAACAAGAAAUCUGGACUUACGUUGACUUUC